CUUGUGCACAGAGAUCAGGCAGGGUUGUCCUUCAGUGAAGCUGUCACACCAGCCUUUCUCUGAGAGCCUUUGUAGGUGAUUAUUUGGAAUUAAAGACCGUAAAAGGAAACCUUCCUUCGUUGAUCGAUGGCGGCAAAGAUUCUGCCUGUCGUGAAACUGGCCACCAAGGUGACCAUAGCUGGUGGAGCUCUGUACGUCGCCUAUGACUCUGGUCUGUUGGGGAGCAGUGAGCAGGGCUCAGUGGCUCUGGAGAAGGCCAAGGCUGCAAUACCUCCAGCCAUUGAGGAAUGGAUGAAGUACUUUGGCCUGCAGGCUCAGCUUCCUACCGUGCCAAAGAUUGAAUUUGCCCCAGUUCAGUCUUGGAACUCUGGUGUGCGGUGGACGAUCUCAAGUCUUUCGGAGGCUCCAACAAAAGCAAAUGAAUACACAAAUAAGGGACUGCAGUACAUUAAAGACCUCACCAAAUGAACAUUGCCUCUUUUGGACAACCUCACAUUUAUUUGAAUUUUGCACUUAAAAAUGACAUUACUUCUUCAAAAGAUGUAGACAUCACAGGGAAGAAAAAACAGCAUGAAAGAUAACUGUUAAAUGUAAAGAAGUUGUAGUCCUCUGAGAUGGUACUGUGGUCCUCUAAAUGAGCGUGGCAUUUGUUACAGGUUGUCUGUAAAGCUAGAGUGCAUUCUGGGAAAGUUGUAUCAUUUUGUGUACAAAUCUAUUUUUAAUUUUAACAUUGACAAUACUUUACUACCCUUUAUCUCUCAAACCACCCAGAUGUUAUGAAGAGAAUGUCUCUUGUAUAUAUGCAGUUUCUUCAUUUAUGACUAAAUAGUACAUAAAACUGAAAAUCUA